AAAAUAUUGAAAAACAUUAAGUGCGAACAUCCCGACUCGUUUAAGGGGUCUACCGUUUUCGUGUGAUGAAAAACAAAAAAGUUGUGGGUGUUUGAAAUUUCAAUUGCGAAGUGUAGUGCAAAUGUAUGGGAAACGGCAUUUUCCCUCGGUUUUUCUUUAAUAACUUUUUAUCGGAGUGUCGGAUCACCGCGAUUUUUGCACCGCUGGAUGCGCACAGCUGAGAGGUUUAUGUCUGUGGUUCUGAAUUUUUCAUUUCGUACAUAACCUCAAAAAUUUUGAGCAAAAACCUCAAAAGUUGCUAAGGAAGUGUUUAAAGUGGUUUAGAACAACGUUGAUGAUCGAAUCGUUAUUAAAAACAGUUAAGUGAGAUUCAGGCGCUUCGAUUGAUAUAUUGUGCGUUUCGCUACGUUAAGUUUUGUGAAAGUUAUUGCCGAUUGAAUUUGGGGACUUCAAACGUGAAUUUUGUAUGAAGUAUCGGCAAAAGUAUUUCACAACAUUGCGCGCCGUCUGAGUGGCGCCGGCGAAAACACGUGGAGGUACGGCACAACAUUUCGCCACGGGUCCGGAGGAGCCAAAAGUGGCCAAAAGUGACCAGGAGAAGUCUUCAUCCUACGAGGACGUGUCGCACAUGGAUCGAAGCGGGCCGCUCUCGGUAAGCCAGGAAAGUGUUCCAAUUUUAAAUCUGACCUAAAUUGGGCUUGUGGGACCGAGUUGAAGUUUAGCUUUUCCGGCGAUUUUCCUGUUUCAUCUUCAAAUUGGGCUACCAGGCUCAAUAGUCAUCCGAUCGUAACGGGAAAGUGUUUGCUGCAAUUGCCGGAACGUUUGCCAACGAGUUCCAAGCGAACAUCCCGGAAAAGUCGGAAAAGUCGGAAAAGCGUUUUCGGGUGCUAGGAUUUCUUCGGCCAAUCCAUAUCGUGCGACAUAUCAUUCGACGCAGCGGAUCGUGAGGAUUGUGGAAAACAACACCUCGUCCACUUUCCACCCAUCCCCGCCCACCAGCAGCCGGAAAACCGGUUGUGGAAGCAGUUUUCCCGAGUUUUCCCGGGUUUAGAGCGGAGUUAGGUCAACGGUGUGUUCGGGGAAAUUGCUCGGCAGGAAAAUUUCCAUCUAAUUCCAUCUUCAGCCGGGUUACUUUCCAACCCCAGGGGCCGCACCAGCCGGAAAAGCGUUUUUUGGAGUAAAAAUUUUCCGGCCAAAUCCCAUCGUGCGGCAUAUCGUUCGACGCGGCGGACCGUGAGGAUUGUGGAAAACACCACCUCGUCCACUUUCCACCCACCCCCGCCCACUAGCAGCCGGAAAACCGGUUGUUGAAGCAGUUUUCCCGAGUUUUCCCGGGUUUAGAGCGGAGUUAGGUCAACGGUGUGUUCGGGGAAAUUGCUCGGCAGGAAAAUUUCCAUCUAAUUCCAUCUUCAGCCGGGUUACUUUCCAACCCCAGGGGCCGCACCAGCCGGAAAAGCGUUUUUUGGAGUAAAAAUUUUCCGGCCAAAUCCCAUCGUGCGGCAUAUCGUUCGACGCGGCGGAUCGUGAGGAUUGUGGAAAACACCACCUCGUCCACUUUCCACCCACCCCCGCCCACCCGCAGCCGGAAAACCGGUUGUUGAAGCAGUUUUCCCGAGUUUUCCCGGGUUUAGAGCGGAGUUAGGUCAACGGUGUGUUCGGGGAAAUUGCUCGGCAGGAAAAUUUCCAUCUAAUUCCAUCUUCAGCCGGGUUACUUUCCAACCCCAGGGGCCGCACCGGCCGGAAAAGCGUUUUUUUUGGAGUAAAAAUUUUCCGGCCAAAUCCCAUCGUGCGGCAUAUCGUUCGACGCGGCGGACCGUGAGGAUUGUGGAAAACACCACCUCGUCCACUUUCCACCCACCCCCGCCCACCCGCAGCCGGAAAAUCGGUUGUUGAAGCAGUUUUCCCGAGUUUUCCCGGGUUUAGAGCGGAGUUAGGUCAACGGUGUGUUCGGGGAAAUUGCUCGGCAGGAAAAUUUCCAUCUAAUUCCAUCUUCAGCCGGGUAACUUUCCAACCCCAGGGGCCGCACCAGCCGGAAAAGCGUUUUUUGGAGUAAAAAUUUUCCGGCCAAAUCCCAUCGUGCGGCAUAUCGUUCGACGCGGCGGACCGUGAGGAUUGUGGAAAACACCACCUCGUCCACUUUCCACCCACCCCCGCCCACUAGCAGCCGGAAAACCGGUUGUUGAAGCAGUUUUCCCGAGUUUUCCCGGGUUUAGAGCGGAGUUAGGUCAACGGUGUGUUCGGGGAAAUUGCUCGGCAGGAAAAUUUCCAUCUAAUUCCAUCUUCAGCCGGGUAACUUUCCAACCCCAGGGGCCGCACCAGCCGGAAAAGCGUUUUUUGGAGUAAAAAUUUUCCGGCCAAAUCCCAUCGUGCGGCAUAUCGUUCGACGCGGCGGACCGUGAGGAUUGUGGAAAACACCACCUCGUCCACUUUCCACCCACCCCCGCCCACUAGCAGCCGGAAAACCGGUUGUUGAAGCAGUUUUCCCGAGUUUUCCCGGGUUUAGAGUGGAGGUACGUGAACGGCGUGUUCUGCGGGAUUGUUCGGCUGGGAAAUUUCCAUCGCUUUGCACCUUUAGCCGGGCAAUUUUCCUUCAUCAGGGGCCGCACCAGCCGAAAAAGCGUCUUUGUAUAGGGGUGUCGUGUAAGUAGGAGGAAAGGAGCAAAGCCCAGUCAUGGCUACGACUGGGCGUACGCUCCGAUCUCGGACGGAGUCCAUCGAGGAGAGGCCUCCGAAACUCCCCGCCUUAAUGGAAGCACGAGUGGUGAUUCCACGGGCCACGGUGGCGGUUCCGAGCUCAAAGCCACCGAGUCCGGAAAUGACUGAGGUGCUUAAGCUCCUCAAUGAGUCGUCGCUCACGAUUGAGCAACUACGGGCAACCAUCAAGGAGCUGCAAAUGGAGUUGACGAUGCUCCGACAGCGGAUGGAUGCGAAUGCGGAGCAAUCUCGUCAAGAUAUGCGGCUGGUUCGAGAGCAGGCCCGAGAAGAGAUGCGGCAGGUACGUGAGGAGGCCCGUCAACGGGAAACGUUCGCCCGUGAGGACAAUGAGCGUCUUCGCAGUGCGCUGAUGGAGGAGCGUACCAGCUUCCAGGAGUUGUUGGCGCAGUCCAUGGGGUUUGGUGGCCCUCAGCGUCCGCAGCGGCAGAACACGGAGCCUGCACCAGCAGCGAAGAAGCAGCAGCAACAACAGCAGCUGAACCAGAGCGAGUGGCCGCAGUUGCAAGCGAAGCAGCAGCAUCAGCGUGAGCGGCCGACGUCCGAGCGUUAUCCAGUCGGAUCAGGAGCGGUGGCGGAUUGCCACCUGGAUGAUGAAGGCGACCAAUGGACAGUCGUCGAGCGUAAGCAACAGCGACGGAUCGCCACAAGUGCUGCACCGUCUUCUCAGUGGCAGAAUCAAGGACGCCUGCUAAGCGAGCAGAUGCGGCAGAAGCAGCAGAAGAAUGCAAACACUGCUCAGUCGGCGCGUUCAUCUCAGCCAGCACAGCAGCAGCAGCAAUCAGCGUACAAGAAGUUGCGUCGCACAAGGGCUGACGUGAUUGAGGUGGUGCCUAAGGAUGGUAAGACCUGGCUGGAUGUGUAUACGAAGGUCCGCCGGGCUCUGAACAACGACACCAGUGCCCAAGACAUGGCCGAGUCUAUCAAGAUGGGCAAGCGAACGCGGACGAACAACCUCCGUCUUCCACUCGCUCGAUCGGCCGACACGGAGCAGAUCUGCUCCCGAGUUCAGGAGCUGGUAGGCGAGGAAGGAGUUGUGCGAGCCAUCACGGACAUGGGUGAGCUCCUGGUUACUCACAUCGACCCGUCCGCCACGGAGGAAGAGUUGAAGGAGGCUCUGGACACAGCAGCGUCCGGAAAGACCGGAAUUGCAUCGGUCAGCAUGUGGGGCCGAUUCGAUGGCAUCAAGACAGCCCGGGUACGGCUUUACUCCAAACAGGCGAAGGCACUCAGCGGUAAAUCCAUCAAGCUGUGUGGCUGUGUGAGCUACAUGCAGGAGGCUGCACCACAUCCAGUAGAGCGUCAGCGAUGCUAUCGCUGUCUGCUCAUGGGCCACUUGGCACGUGAUUGCCGUUCUCAGGUCACACGAGAGAAGAUCUGCAUCCGCUGUGGCACCGAAGGUCACUUCUCCAAGGGAUGCACGGCCGAGCUGAAAUGUGCCGUGUGUGGUGGUCCCCACGCUGUCGGCCAUAACACUUGUGUUCAGACGGCCCAAAAUUCACUCUAA